AUGACCGCUCUUCCUCUUCCUCUCGGAUCUCAUCCUGUCUCCUCCUCUCCCUCUUCCUCACCACCACCACUCCCUUCAUCUUCGACUCGCGCUCCAGCUUCAGCUUCGGAUCCCCCCGCAUCCUCCGAGCCUCUUCUCAUCGACGACUCCGACUCUAGACCCUUGGAAACAGCAGCAGGAUCAUCAUCAGGCGCAGCAAGGGUAGCUCCCACCUCAAAUCCGGGCGCAAGUGGAGGAAGUCAAGCAGUAGCUGGUCCGUCUCGCGACCGGGUAGCCAGAUCAGUCAACGGCGAGGAAGAGAGCGAAAGCGAUUGGAGUAUAGAGAUGGAGCCCAUUGCAGGACACCGACGACGGCGAAGUAGCCACAACAUGGUCACUCGGCCAGCUGGGUCACCAAGCCGGCUUCGUGAUACAAGCCGUGGCCCUGUACCAGGCAACUCAACACAUGAGCCCAAGAUAUCCGAAGAAAACUUGGAUGCGAACGGUUUUGCGAUCGGCAAAGACGAAUCAGGCGACGACAGCUUGACCGAUGAAGAUUUACAAGAUGACGAAGAGACAGGCUUGACCCGUAAAGACAAGCAAAGGAGGCAGAAGAAGCGCAUCAGAAAUACUCAAUUAGAUCAGCGAGUCGCCAGGGAUAGGAAUGACAUCUCAAAAGAGGAGCGCAAAGAAGCAGAUAAGACCGUCUUCAGGAGCCUGAUGAUUAACAUGGUCCUGAUUCUCUUGUGGUACCUCUUUUCGUUAUCAAUAUCGAUUUACAACAAAUGGAUGUUCGAUCAUGACCGUCUGAACUUUGCGUUUCCUUUGUUUACAACCUCUAUGCAUAUGGUAGUACAGUUUGUGCUAUCGGGUCUGGUUCUGUACUUCAUGCCCUCCCUGAGGCCAGGAUACGGUGUCAGUCAGGCUGGAGUUCACCAGUCCGAUAUGGGGAGAUCAAGACAUGAUGACGAACCCAAGACUUACGGCAUGACCAAGAUGUUUUACCUCACCAGAAUUGGACCUUGUGGUGCAGCUACUGGUCUUGACAUUGGCCUUGGCAAUACCUCUCUCAAGUUUAUCAGCCUUACUUUUUACACUAUGUGCAAAUCCUCCUCGCUCGCUUUUGUCCUUGUGUUCGCUUUCGCCUUCCGCCUCGAAACUCCAACGUUACGUCUCGUUGCAAUUAUCGCUACCAUGACACUAGGUGUCGUUCUCAUGGUCUUUGGUGAAGUCGAAUUUAAAGCCGGCGGUUUCGCUCUCGUUAUCUCAGCCGCCUUCUUUUCCGGAUUCCGAUGGGCAUUGACCCAGAUCCUGCUCCUCCGCAACCCUGCGACCUCGAACCCAUUUUCUAGCAUCUUCUUCCUUACGCCUGUUAUGUUCCUCGUUCUUAUCUGCCUCGCCGUUCCCGUGGAGGGAAUCGGCAACCUGCUUGAGGGAUACACAGUUCUGGCCGAUGAAUGGGGCUAUUUCAUGGCACCUCUUUUCCUACUUUUCCCCGGAUGCAUUGCCUUUUGCAUGACAGCAUCCGAGUUCGCUCUGCUGCAGCGUACUUCCGUCGUUACCCUCUCCAUUGCCGGCAUUUUCAAGGAAGUUGUCACUAUCAGUGCAGCUGCUCUUGUCUUUGGUGACCGCCUGACUCCUAUUAACUUUGUUGGUCUUCUCACGACCAUGGCUGCCAUCGCUGCUUACAACUACAUUAAAAUUACAAAGAUGCGCGCGGACGCCCAAGAAUCUGUCCACGGUCGACAUGCCGACGACGACGAACCAGGCUCUCCUGGCAGUCAAACAAGUGGAAUUAUCGACCGCGAUGGCAAUCCAGAUGCGGAAAACACUGGUCUUUUGCGCGAUAGCAUCGACCGUCUCGAUAUCGAUGAGCCAGCGGCAGCCAGCGAGCGUCGCUAA